GCCACAGCUUUUUGAUCUAAACUGUAAUGUUUCUAAAUUCUGUGUAAUUGAUCCUUAGAGAUGGAGUCGAAGGCCGCCAGUAGCACGGUUCCGCCGAAUACCAUUAUGAUCCAGCUGGUCUCCCAGCAGCCAGGCUCCAGCAGUCAAAUGCAGGCGGUUCCCAUUUCGGUGCAAGCGAUACCUCUUUUUCCCGACUCCCGAAAUAAUAACGAACGACCUCGACGAGCAGAGACCAACAAUCCCAAUACAAGAUCUCAUGCAGAGGAUCCUCCUCGAAUGCAUUCCCGGGUUCGACCUGAGAUGUGUGCUCCUCCCAAACGGAAAUUUUGCCAGAGCCACUUAAGGUGCACUACAAAUCGCCAAUCCUCCAGUGGCAUUCAAAAACCAGUUUACUUCGUCCUUCGACCAGAAGAUCGAAUUCUUCCCAUUUACAUACCACCGCCUCGAACCGCUAGUAAUUGUAUCUGUAAUAAGGGAGUUAAAAGGAUGGAAGGGAAGUGUCCUUGCUGUGGUCGUGGCAGGACAUUGAUAACGGAAAAGAAGACCCAGGAAGUGCAGGUGCCAGAGGAACCUACAAAAGAGAAACUCUGGACAGAAACUCAGGAUCAAGGAACCAACACCAAUGACCAAGCGGAUGUCUUGGACCUUAAGAUGAUUUGCGACACUUUGGGUCGCGCAAUGAUGGCAGCAGCAACAGCGGCAGUGGAAGUAGCCCAUAGAUCCCAAUUAUCAGGGUCCCUUAAGGAGAGUGUAAUUAGUACCCCCGAAACUAAAGACUCAACAAAUAGUUCACCACAAGCAAUACAUCCGUCGAAACCACAAGAGCAGCUACAAUCGGCCAUGCACACCAAACAGAAAUAUGCAACAAGCUUCCCGGCUGAAGAAUCUUCGUCUUCAGAAGACCGGAGAACCCCGGAACAUGUGAGAUCCAGGCACAAAGCCAGCUUUUCGGAAACGGUCCUCAUGGCAAUGACUGAUGGAUCACCAACAGAAGAAUCUCGCCCUAGACGUUCCGAGCCUUCCCUUUUAAUUGAUCGGGAGUUUAAUCUAAAAUACCCGAAAACACCCAGACUAACUCCGGAAAAUUUAUCAGGUCAAUACGAUAUCUCACCAGAGAUUUCCGAUUCUUUCCGAAUUCAGUCCGGUUCUUUACACAAUGAGGAGAUUCAAGAUAGGGAAAGCAAUUUAAGCCAAAGAAAGCGUACAUUCUCAAACCGCAAACCUCCACUUCAAGCUUUAAGAAGUUCCUUGAUCCGGAGAAGGUUUCCCACGGAGGAACCACCCCCACCUAAAAACAAAAAAGCACCUGGUCCAACGUCCCCCAACGAAACACCCUAAAUCUUUUCAACAUUUAAAUCCUCCCCUAUUAGCAAGUCCCCCAAAUCUAUCCGAAAACGUUCAUUUCUGUAAUUUCUGUGACUAUUAUUAAUGCCAAUAAUUCUGUGAUCAAAUUAAGUCAAAUAAGUUUUGCCAACAUAAUAAAGUAUUUAAUAAAAUUUCAA